ACAUUUUAAUUUAAAUCAACGUUACAGAAAUAAAACGGCAAAUAUAAACUGCGCAUCAACUGGCUGAUUACACAGGAUGGAAGACAUGCGUAGCAAAUGGCUGACCGCUUCCCCUUCCAGCUUGGCAACCAAUAGCUGAGUCCUCCUCACCCCCCACCCACCAUGUCAUCUUCGACGUCAGUAGGAUCCCUUCAGUAAAGAGAAUUUAUCCGCGAGUAUUACGUUUAUUUGAAGACGGGCUUUGCUCCAUAUUUUCUUUUAGGGAAUAGUGACGAGAUUUGCUGUUAUACUUUUUUUUAUCAGUUAUCAGAUUUGGUGUUAUUUUUUAUCAUUUAUCACUGUGUCGUAAUUGCGUCCGUCAGUCUUAAAAGGCUGUUAUUUAGGCGCUGCGAAACUCCGAGAAGAAAGCAGGUGUUAUUGCGCAUUGAUAUUCACUUGUUUGAGAGACGACAGCAUUUUCUUAAGUUGCAAGCUUGAUAAUUGCAGAUUGUUCUUAAAAGGACUGUGUAGUAUUGAAAUCUAGCAAGCCUGCAAGUUCGUUGCAGAUUUGUAGGUGUGUCUCUGCUAGCGCCUUGUUGCAGAUUAGUCCCUCUUCGGUGAAACGGUGGAGAUCACCACUGUGUGGUGGAAAGUGGAAAUGUGACAUUGAUAACUGCUUUAUGCAGCUUGUGUCGUCUACCUUGUAAGAUAAUCACAUAACCGAAAGAUUAGGGCUAAUUGCAACUCGUUUUAAGUGCCAUUAUACAGAUGCAAGUCUCCAUGGCUAGCUACUAUCAUAUGUUGUGUAAUGCUGAAGACGUUCGGAAACUUAACAUCACGGUAGAGGAGCAUAAUAUCCAAAACGGGGCAUUAGAACUGAUGAAAGCUUUGAGACCCGAGUGGGACUGCAGUGAAAUUCGAAUCGAGUUGUUUACAGAUGGAAUCACAAACAAACUCCUUGCAUGUUAUGUGGAAGACAUGAGUAAAGAUGUAGUGUUGGUGAGAAUAUAUGGGAAUAAAACAGAACUAUUUGUUGAUAGAGAUACUGAAAUAAAGAGUUUUCUUAUACUAUACGCCCAAGGCUGUGCUCCACAACUCUACUGCACUUUUAAUAAUGGUCUGUGCUAUGCCUAUAUGCCUGGAACAGCACUUGAUCCUGACCAUGUACGCAAUCCUCAAAUAUUCAGGUACUAAACUUUUAUUGUCUAAUGU